CGCGUUCGUCCUCCUGGCCCGCGGGCGAAGAGGGAAGAAGGUGGCUGCCCGCGCCGUCCCCGGACUUGGGCCCCUCGGCGGGGAGAAGGGAGUACAAGGGGGCGCGAAGGCGGCAGGGCUGGGGACGACGAGAAGAGCGGAAGACGCCACAGACUUUGGCUGCGGCGCCGCGGGAAGCACUUGAGCGGGCCCGAGCGAAACAUAAACAAACGCACGCCCGCUCCAGCUCCGACCGCGGCUCGGCUGCGCCAGCCUUGGUCGCUGUCCGCUUUAAAGGCGCGGCCCGCGCCCCUCCCCCCGCCCCCGCCCCGCCCCUCCCCUCCCCCUCCCCUCCCCCUCCCCCUCCCCUCCUCCUCCCCUUCUUCCCCGCCCAGCCACCUAGCCCAGGAGAGACCUGCAGAUCUGGCGGCCCCGGCGGCGGGGGGAAGGGGCUGCCCCGUGCGAGCCCGUCGAUUCGCUCCUGGCUCCCCCGCGGCCUGGCCAGGGGGCAGUGUCUGCUGCGCCAGGUUCGCGGGACGCACGUCUCCAGGCGGCGGCAGUAGCGGCAGCGGCGCCCCCGUCCCUCCCCCGCCGCACCCCGCCCCGGCGCGAGAGGAGAGCGCGAGAGCCCCAGCCGCGGGCGGGCGGGCGGCGAAGAUGGCAGAGGCACCGGCCUCCCCCGCCCCGCUCUCUCCGCUCGAAGUGGAGCUGGACCCGGAGUUCGAGCCCCAGAGCCGGCCGCGCUCCUGUACGUGGCCCCUGCAGAGGCCAGAGCUCCAGGGGAGCCCGGCCAAGCCCUCGGGGGAGACGGCCGCCGAUUCUAUGAUCCCCGAAGAGGAGGACGAUGAAGACGACGAGGACGGCAGCGGUAGGGCCGUCUCGGCCAUGGCGAUCGGCGGCGGCGGGAGCCGCACACUGGGCUCCGGGCUGCUCCUGGAAGACUCGGCCCGCCUGCUGGCUCCCGGAGGGCAGGACUCCGGGUCCGGGCCAGCCCCCGCGGUGGGCGCGCUGAGCGGGGGGACGCAGUCGCCGCUGCAGCCUCAGCAGCCACUGCCGCCGCCGCAGCCGGGGGCGGCUGGGGGCUCCGGGCAGCCGAGGAAAUGCUCGUCGCGGCGGAACGCCUGGGGGAACCUGUCCUACGCCGACCUGAUCACUCGCGCCAUCGAGAGCUCGCCGGACAAACGGCUCACUCUGUCCCAGAUCUACGAGUGGAUGGUGCGCUGCGUGCCCUACUUCAAGGAUAAGGGCGACAGCAACAGCUCUGCGGGGUGGAAGAACUCUAUCCGGCACAACCUCUCACUGCACAGCCGGUUCAUGCGGGUCCAGAAUGAGGGGACCGGCAAGAGCUCUUGGUGGAUCAUCAACCCUGAUGGGGGAAAGAGCGGGAAGGCACCCCGGCGGCGGGCUGUGUCUAUGGACAACAGCAACAAGUAUACCAAGAGCCGUGGCCGUGCAGCCAAGAAGAAGGCAGCCCUGCAAACAGCCCCUGAGUCAGCAGAUGACAGUCCCUCCCAGCUCACCAAGUGGCCUGGCAGCCCCACGUCACGCAGCAGUGAUGAGCUGGAUGCGUGGACGGACUUCCGCUCACGCACCAAUUCCAAUGCCAGCACUGUCAGCGGCCGCCUGUCACCCAUCUUGGCAAGCACAGAGUUGGAUGAUGUCCAGGAUGAUGAUGCACCGCUCUCCCCCAUGCUCUACAGCAGCUCUGCUAGCCUCUCACCCUCUGUAAGUAAGCCAUGCACCGUGGAGCUACCACGGCUGACCGACAUGGCGGGCACCAUGAAUCUGAAUGAUGGACUGUCUGACAACCUCAUGGAUGACCUGCUGGAUAACAUCACCCUCCCAUCGUCCCAGCCAUCGCCCACUGGAGGGCUCAUGCAGCGGAGCUCUAGCUUCCCAUAUACUACCAAGGGCUCUAGCCUGGGUUCUCCAACUGGCUCCUUUAAUAGCACAGUGUUUGGACCCUCGUCUCUGAAUUCCCUGCGCCAGUCUCCCAUGCAGACUAUCCAAGAGAACAAGCCAGCUACCUUCUCUUCCAUGUCACACUAUGGCAACCAGACACUCCAGGACCUGCUCACUUCAGACUCACUCAGCCACAGCGAUGUCAUGAUGACCCAGUCGGACCCCUUGAUGUCUCAGGCCAGCACCGCUGUGUCCGCCCAGAACUCCCGCCGGAACGUGAUGCUUCGAAAUGACCCAAUGAUGUCCUUUGCCGCCCAGCCUAACCAGGGGAGUUUGGUCAAUCAGAACUUGCUCCACCACCAGCACCAAACCCAGGGCGCUCUCGGUGGCAGCCGUGCCUUGUCGAAUUCUGUCAGCAACAUGGGCUUGAGCGACUCCAGCAGCCUUGGGUCAGUUAAACACCAGCAACAGUCUCCUGUCAGCCAGUCUAUGCAAACCCUCUCGGACUCUCUCUCAGGCUCCUCUUUGUACUCAUCUAGUGCAAACCUUCCUGUCAUGGGCCAUGAGAAGUUCCCCAGCGACUUGGACCUGGACAUGUUCAAUGGGAGCUUGGAAUGUGACAUGGAGUCCAUUAUCCGUAGCGAACUCAUGGAUGCUGAUGGGUUGGAUUUUAAUUUUGAUUCCCUCAUCUCCACACAGAAUGUUGUUGGUUUGAACGUGGGGAACUUCACUGGUGCUAAGCAGGCCUCAUCUCAGAGCUGGGUGCCAGGCUGAAGGAUCACUGAGGAAAGGGGAAGUGGGCAAAGCAGACCCUCAAACUGACACAAGACCUACAGAGAAACCCUUUGCCAAAUCUGCUCUCAGCAAGUGGACAGUGAUACCGUUUACAGCUUAACACCUUUGUGAAUCCCGCACCAUUUUCCUAACCCAGCAGAGACUGUUAAAGGCCCCUUACCCCAGGUGAAGCACUUACCCUUGGAACAGAACUCUCUAUAUAAAGUAUGCAAAAUCUUCCUUGUACAGGGUGAUGAGCCACCUGCCAGCGAAGGACAGCACCCUGUCAGCACCACCCAUCCUCGUUCAGAGCACACCGUGAGCUCCUGUUGGCGAUUCUGUGGCGUAUUCAUAUCACGAUGGUUUAUGGGAUGUUUUAAGUGUCGUUUUUGUGUUUGUUUUCCUUUGACUUUCUGAGUUUUUCACAUGCAUUAACUUGCAGUAUUUUUAUGUUAAAAUGUUAAUCAUCCUUCCCCUGGCAAAUUUAAAAACAGAAGGAAAAUGUUGUACCAGUUACUAUUCUAGCUUUGGGCAUCACAAGCAUUUGAGCCCUUGGAACUCCAUAAACUAACAAAUUACAUAAACCAGAGGGGGAUAUUCUUUCUUCUUUUGUUUGGUAGAAAACUAUGCUUUUCUAAAAACUGAACAAUGGCACAACUGUUUGCCAUGCGCACCAGUCCAGGACUGACCCCUGCAUAGGCCCAACGAAUGGAGUGCUGCAUGCGACCCAGUGUGUUUUCGUUCUGAGUGAGGGGUCUGGGGGGGCGGGGAGAGACCCCCAGCACCUGGUCUGCAGUUGCCAGAGCAGUCGGGCCUCUGGUCUCCUGGCAUUAUCCUCAGCUAAUGCAGUGAACAGUGAUGGUAUGCUGGUUAGAAAUUAGGAUCUUUUCAAGAAAGAAGUCAGCUCAGCUGCCCACUCAUUGCCAAAUGCCACUAAAGGAUUUAGUUUUAAGGAGAAAAGAAAAAGAAAAGUAGUCCUGUUUUGCUUUGCAGAAGAAAUGAACUUACAGGUUAGCAUUAAGCCUAUAGUGAGAAAUGUGUGAAAAGUACAAACCAGAGUCACUAUUUUCCUAAAAUACCCUUGAUUAUUUUCAGCCUUGCUGUGUAUGAUCGGAUCUACUAGACAUGUAUGAGUGAGAGGCAAUAGCAUACAAACUGAUUUUUAUAUAUAUAUACACACACACAAUCUAAUAUAUAUAUAUAAAAGCUUAGAUUGUAAUUGUACAAGUGACACAAUGGAAGUACAAAAUAGGGCAGUUUUGACAUUUUUUUCCCUCCACCUUUCUGCUUCUGUGGAUUUCAUUUUGUUUUGUUUUCAAAAAGUUAUGGUGCUGUAUAGGUGCUUUCUGUUUAACCUGGAAAGUGGGAUUAUAUUAGUUACCCUCUUUGGUAGGCAGAAUAGUUGGGAACACCUUAGGUAUAUAUGAAAAACUGGUGUAAUGAAGCUCUGAUUAGCACAGCAUAUGCAUACUUCUCCAAAGUGAUAUAAGAAGACUCUUUUCUUUGCAUAAAAAGCAUUAGGUAUAUAAAUGUAUAAAUAAAUUUUAUCAUGUACAGUACAAAAAUGGAACAUUCUGCAUGGACGUUAGGAAUACAGGCUAGUAUUUCAGCACAGACUUCCCUGCAUGAGUUCUCGCUGACGCUUGCACCGUGCAGUGGGCACUGACUCCCUCCCACCAACACAGACGUGCCACCCGACCCCUGCACCUACCACCGGCCGCCAGGGGCCCCCUUGUGCACCUUCACUUCAUAAUUCCUCUAGGGGUGAUAAUGGUGGUGAUAACAGCUCCUAGCAUAAUGAAAGUUCCAUUUGGUAUUGUCACACAUCUCUCCCGCCUCGCUUGGGUUGUCAUGUUUGAGUGAUGGCCCUGUUGAUUUCACCCUGCCUUUUACUGACUCUGUAAAUUGUCGUGCAAUUGUGGUUAUAGUAGGCCUGUAGCGUAUCGCCUUUUCUAAACUGCUACACGUUUAUAAUCUUCAUUUUAAAAGUAUGUAUAAUUUUUAAAAAUAUGUAUUCUAUUCACGUGGUCUGCUUGUCAGUGAGACAGACUUUUGCUUACUGUAUUCCUUUAUAAUAAUGCUAGCCACUUCCUUGACUCUUUGGUAGUCCGCUGCACGCAAAAACUGUCCAGUAUCAUUGAAAGGAGGCUGCCUGUCUGGGUUCCUAGGUGAUGCUGCCCUGGUGGGGGUGCCGAUGGGACACAGCUGCAGCAGCCGCAGGGAGGGAAAGGUGAAGGGAGGUCAGAUACAAGGAGAAUCGGGAGUGCUUACAGCAUGAGGGCCCUGAGAAUUUCUCUCCCGAAUUCAAAGAAACAGCAAACUAACAAAAUAGCUAAUUUGCCUUUGCAGUUUUAUAGACCCUGGGAGCUACUUUGGGAGUAAGAAAAGCAACUCUCAAAUAUGUUUCAACUUUAAAAUGUUGACUUCCUUUCGGACAUGUGGCAUCUCAUUUAUUCUCCUUUUUUCUCAGUGUUUGUUAGAUUUCAGGCAGAAUGUCUUACAAAAUGUCCUAGAACCAGAUUAUAAUUUAAUCAAAAACAGCUGAGGGAGGGACAGAGGAGGCCUGAGAGCAGGGCAGCCACAGAACACAUCAGGAAAAUGGAGGGGGAGGGGUGCUUUGAAUUUGUUGGGUUUUUUGUUUUUUAAUAACGCAACUAGCGUCUACUUGUAGAGCAUUGUGGAGAGCUGAGGUCAGGACAAAGUCGAGUGCCAGCGUCAGUUUCGGGAGGGAGUUGGAGUAGUUAGUCCCAUCCAGGAUCACAGCAGCGCCACUCUCAGCCUUGGCCGCUGCUGGCUGACUGUCCACCCAGAGGCCCGACUCCCCCGCGCUCGCCAGGUUCUGCGGUGGCCAGUCAGGGCAGAGGUGCAGCCUGAGACCUCCAUCUCUUACACUGAGACUCUGCUCUCAGGAAGGGCCAACUGUUGGCCGCCGUGUGGAGUUCUCAUUGUCGUGGGUCCCUCACAGUAAGUUUUCUGAUCUGGAGUAUCUCGGUGGAAUACUUCGCCUCCAGGGGCCUGGCAGCUAUAAUGUUUGCAUCCUGAUGAGAACUAUUCCAGGUUAUCUUCAGCCUCUAAAUAAGCUGCUCUAGGGAGCCUUCCACUUUUUGAUGGGAAAUUAGAAGAGUAACUAAUGUUGAAAACAUGACAUGCACUCUUGGGUUCUGUUGUUCUCUCUUCAGGCUCCAGCACCAGAUACCUUGUACCAAAGUUAGAUAAGAGCUUUAUCAUCAGCCUUCUCUGUCCUGGUGUGAGAGCUGCCUGCCAGGUUCAGCUCACCCAUUAACUGUGAAUGAAGCUGAGCUCGAUCUCCUUUAUUGCAUCCUCUGCAAUAGGAUGAUUGCUGAAACAGAUUUUUUUAAAAAAUUUCAGAAGUUUGUCUUUCCUGUUAACGGGAGGAUUGUGCAAGUGGACAGUGAUACCAUAACACACGUGUGAUACAAGGUGGGCUGUGUGUGUGUGUGUUUGGUGUUGAGUUCGGGUGUUCUGUGUGUGGCCCUUGAGCACCCUGAGGGGAGGACCUCACGACUCACAGCUCAGGACAGCUCUGCCCAGUCUUGGUGCCCUUUCAUUUGGCUUCCGAUCUUGUUGAAGACAAUAGGGACAGACUUGGCCUACACCCAGUGGACCCCGCUUAUGGAAAGAGGACUGUUGGAAUCUGUCAAGAGUAAAGCAGUCAGACAGUCCGGUGUCGUGUGCUGAUGCCACGGGCUGCUAAAGGGAAAUGGGAAUGUCACCCUUUGUAUGCGGAAGCAAAACCCUGAUAGCUCUAACUCUGAUUUCCUUUUUCUUGAUGUAUUUGGACAACACGUACGAUUAGGCAUACUGUUGUAUUUUUUGACUUGGCAGAGUUUUUUGUAGAAAUUCAAUCCCUGGCAAAGAGGUACGAAAAAGCCAGCCUGUCCUGAAGACUAGGGGCAGCAGGGGCAGUGAGGGGAUAGCAAAGGCCUUGUGAAAUCCUGUCUGCACACGAGAUCUUAAUGCAGACGCCCGAGGAACUGAAAAGAGUAUAUCCCAUUUGAUCUAAAUCUUCCAUGGGUAACAUUUUAUGCAGUUCGAAUGAAUGAAAUAUUUUCCUCUUUAAUUUUGUGUGUAUUCUUCUUUGAUGAAUGAUUGGUUCUGAGGCCUCUGCCACACUCCAGAAUUAUUUGUGUGGCUGCUUUUAAAAAACUAUGGGUCUGAUCACUUAUUUCUCUAAAAUUAUCUCAUUGCCUGGCAAUCAGUCUUCUCACGUAUACUUGUCCUAGCACAUUAUGUACACAGGAAAUGUAAACAGAUGUGAAGGAGGACCAGAAAAAUUAGUUAAUAUUAAAAAAAUCUAUUGUACAUUUUGGCUUCACAUGUUUAACUUUUUUUAAGAAAAAAAGUUGCAUGAAUGGAAAAAAAAAUCUGUAUACAGUAUCUGUAAAAUUGUCUUACCUGUUUCAAUUUCUUGCUCAUGCCCCAUUCAAACUAGAAUUAAAUAUGGUGCAUGGCCAUAUUCAAACACCUAAGAGUCCAGCAGUUGGUACUUUGGUUUGAAGCACCUCAUCCUUUCUUUCUAAGCGAACACUAUCAUAUUGCAUUCUUGCUGAGGAUUUUGUCCAACCAUAUGUUGCCAUGAAUUAACUCUACCACCUCUCUUCUCAAGAAUCAAAACCAGUUUGAUUUGGGAAUCUUCCCCUUUCCAAAUGAAAUAGAGAUGCAGUACUUAACUUUUCUUGGUGUUUGUAGAUAUUGCCUUGUGUAUUCCAUUUAAAACCGUAAUCUAGUUUGUAAAAGAGAUGGUGACGCAUGUAAAUAAAGCAUCCGUGACACUCUG